GCGGGCCGGCGGGAGGGCGGCCCAGCGGGCCUGGCCGAGGGACGAGGCCGGGAGGGGAGGCGCGGGGGGAGGGCGCGGGUGGGGUCUGGCUGUGACGGAUGGGACAGAUGCGAUUGAAUCUUUCAGAAAAGGGGGGGCCCCGCCGCACCGGCCCGGCUUUAGCCCGCCGCGGUUGGUGCGCUGCUGACAGCCGCCGCGCCCUGCCGCAAGCCCCGGUGGUUCCCGGAGCGCCCGUCGCGGGCGAGCGGCAGCCGCUGGCCCCGGGGCUGGGGGGAGGCGGGCAGCGAGCCGGGCGUGGAGCGCCGUAACUGGCGGAGCGCGUUUCCCUCGCUCGGCAGGCAGCGCCGCGCCGGCGGCGGGCGGGGAGCCUCGGCGGCGCUCGGCCCGGUGAGAGGAGCUGCCCGGCGGGAGGUCGGCGCUGAGCGCGGUGGGCGCCCCCCGAGGGACCGGCCGUGCCGCAGCGCCAUGCCCGCCGCUCGCCUCUGGCGAUUGCCCACCCUCCUGCUGCUGCUGCUCGCCGCCCGCGCCGCCACCGCCGAGGGCGACGGCUCCCUGCGCCCGCCGGGCCUGGGCAGGCAGAGCCCGGCGGCGGCGGACGCCGUGCCGCAGACGGCCGGGACCCCCGGGCUGCGCGGCGCCGAGCCCAACGCCUCGCGGCCGGCCACGCUGCCCAGGGGCGGGGGGGCCGCCGGCGGGAGGCCGCGCUCGGCCUCGCCCCCAAUGUGCACGGGGCAGACGGAGAUCAAGGAGACUUUCAAGUACAUCAACACCGUGGUGUCCUGCCUCGUCUUCGUGCUGGGCAUCAUCGGCAACUCCACGCUGCUGCGCAUCAUCUACAAGAACAAGUGCAUGAGGAACGGGCCCAACAUCCUCAUCGCCAGCCUGGCCCUGGGGGACCUGCUCCACAUCAUCAUCGACAUCCCCAUCAAUGUCUACAAGCUACUUGCAGAGGACUGGCCCUUUGGAGUUGAAAUGUGCAAAUUAGUACCCUUCAUUCAAAAGGCAUCCGUGGGCAUCACAGUCCUGAGUUUGUGUGCCCUCAGUAUAGAUAGGUAUCGAGCAGUUGCUUCUUGGAGUCGCAUCAAGGGAAUAGGAGUGCCAAAGUGGACUGCUGUUGAAAUUGUACUGAUCUGGGUUAUAUCAGUGAUAUUAGCUGUUCCAGAAGCUAUAGCAUUUGACAUGAUUACAAUGGAGUACAGAGGAAAGGAUCUUAGAAUUUGCCUGCUUCACCCCACACAAAAAACAUCCUUUAUGAUGUUUUACAAACAAGCUAAAGACUGGUGGCUGUUCAGCUUUUAUUUCUGUUUGCCAUUGGCCAUCACGGCAUUUUUCUAUACUCUGAUGACUUGUGAGAUGUUAAGAAAGAAAAGUGGGAUGCAGAUAGCUUUAAAUGACCACUUGAAACAGAGACGUGAGGUGGCCAAAACUGUGUUCUGUCUGGUGCUUGUUUUUGCCUUGUGUUGGCUGCCACUUCAUUUAAGCAGAAUAUUGAAACUCACUAUUUAUGAUCAGAAAGACCCAAAUAGAUGUGAACUUUUAAGCUUUUUUCUUGUGAUGGACUACAUUGGUAUUAAUAUGGCUUCCCUGAAUUCCUGCAUCAAUCCUAUAGCUUUGUAUUUAGUGAGCAAAAGAUUCCAGAACUGCUUUAAGUCAUGUUUGUGUUGCUGGUGCCAAUCCAAAGAUCUGUUGUCCCUGGAGGAAAGGCAGUCCUGUUUAAAGUUCAAAGCUAAUGAUCACGGAUAUGAUAAUUUCCGUUCCAGUAACAAGUACAGUUCUUCAUAAAACAGGCAUAAAAGGUAUAUUCUCUUAAACUAAUGCUGGUGCCUUUUUGAGUAAGAGUGGCAAUUACUUUUGAUAGGAGAAAAGAACCUUUAGAAAAAUCGUUUUGUGUUUGCACAAAAAAGGAAAUCAUAAAUAAUAAUUGCCCAAAAUCUGUGUAACUUUCAAAAUCACAGACAUUUGUAAAAUGGUCAUUUAUAGAACAUGAAGAAAAACAUAGAAAUAACAGGUCAUUGUUAGCACUUGAAUACUUCUGAAUCAGCACUUCCAAAUGAUCCCCACUUCCUGUAUAUUAAACAAUCAUUUGUAUUAACUAUAACAGUUGUAGGAACUGGAGUUACAGUAAUUAGUAAGUAGUAUAAUAUAACUUUAAUUGGAUCAAUGCCAGUAUUAUAUAUAACUCCACACAUUAUCUUUUAUAAAGCAGAUUAACAACCAUCACUAUUGUUUUUAAAAAAUAAAACCCAAAAUAUUUUGUAAUACAGAUUUAAAUAUAAAAAAGUAGACUUUUUACUGGGGUAUUGUAGAGGUAGCUAAUAAAAAUAUUAAAGGCUGCAGUUGCAAGUGCAUUGCACUUUGAUGAUUGUUUUUACCUACUAUUUUUACAAGGAACUUGCAAGACCUCUAUAAAUACCAUUCUGUCACCAGUUUGUAUGUUCAGUGCAUUUGGCAGCACUUUGGAUAUGAUCACUAUUUCACUGUCUCCAUGUUAUCUGUGUUUCAUAUGACAGCAGAGGAGAGAAAAACACUUAAAAGCAAAUGCGUAUAGUCAUAGAACUGCAGAAACUAUGGCUAAUAUUGGAAACUAGCUAUUUUUAACUGAAAACAAAUUGGUUGUGUCCCUUGUUGACUGUGGGCAUUUGAGAACCUGAUGACUGUUUACUCAAGAUUCUUUUGCAAUAAAUUACAACUGUUGCAAUCCAAAUACUGUUUUGGGGCAAAAUCCUUUAGAAAUAGCAGAUAGUACAAAAUGUAACAAAGCAAAACAGAGGGAGACAGUGAAUUUGAAGUUCUAUUUGCAUUUAGAUUUUAAUCUUCAUAAAGAAAAUAAUUCACAGACUGUACUUCUAAGAAACAGUACUAUGUAGCACACUAGUCUUCAUACUCUUUCAGGAUAUGCUUUACUUCUGUAGUUCCAUGCUUAUGGGCUUAAGAAGGUGUGUGAUUAUUUUCUGCUUCUGUAAAUAGUUUAGUGAAGCAUAAUAAAUUGUAAAGUAUUAAAAUAUGGGCAGGACCCUGUAAGAAAACGGAAAGGUAAAGAUGCCUGUAGUAAACAUGAUGCUUAUUGCCGGGAGCAAUUCACAUUUUGUACAUACGUGACAGGUCAUUCUUUGGCUUUUCAUUUCCUACUAAUUUGUUGCAGAUGUCCCCAAAGACUUAUUAACAUAUUUUGUGCACUAAGGCAUGAGAUUUUCAAGAAAAAAUAUCAUAUAACAUGCUUUUUUAAAAGCAGUGUUUUCAGUAGACAUGAUAUCUUAUUAUAAUAGAAAUAUUUAUCAAAACUCAGGAAUUUUUUUAAUUUCCAAAUUUCAUAUGUAAGGAUUUUUACCUUUUUAUCAGCCUUGAUUAACUUCAGAUAUUUUUUAAUCAAGUGCCUUAAAUAUGCUCAGGUUGAAAACAGGUUUCACAAAAUCUUCAGCUGGUGUUGCCUGGAAUGAGGAUCAUCUCACCUGACUUUAGGCAUCUACAGCAUACCUUGUAGACACCUAAAAAUAGGUAAGGUGAACCCCAUUUCUGGUAUUGCCCCAUCAAAAGCUAAUGACUCUAUGCCUGUAUAAACAAGCUGAGGACCUAUGCACAUGCAUUGGAGCAUGUGCAUGUGUGUGUAUGUAAGUGUGUGUGCAAGUGUGUAUGUUUUCUACCAUUAGGUUGCUGUUACCAUCUUUCUGUAGCACAUACACCGAACUGCUAAAAUGCUAAACUUUUAUGAAUAUAAAUCUACUUAAAGUUUUGUUCAUUAAAUUUUUACCAAGAAAAUAAGUCACAAUGAUGUUCUUUGCCAGUUCCUAAAUUGUUAAGUAGAAGUUUAGGAUUUUAAAUGAAAUUAAUUCAUUUUCUUCUAUCCAGGAAGGUAAUAAUUGACUAGUUUGACUAUAAAAAUAUUAAUCAUACUUGUUUACACAAUAACUUUCUCAUGGUAAGCCGUGAAUAUCACUCCACUUCACCCUGCCUGCAGGUAUUUCUGUGAAAUGCAUUUCAUCUAUUAAGAAUGGAUAAUCAGUUAAAUCCUAAGUUUGAUACUGGUCAGUGUUAUUUUCCUCAAGUUAUAUCAUUACAAUAUUGUACAUGUAUAUUAUUGUUAUUUUUAUUUAAAAUAUAGCUGUUAUAUUGGCAACCGUGUAACAUACUUUUGUUUUGCCUGGACUAAUUCCCUGUUAAGUCCUCCUAAGUCAGACAUUUAGGUUUUGCAGACGAAGUGCAUAGAUACUGCCUACUUUUCAGGAAUAAUAUAUACUUAUUAGCACACUUUUUUCCGUUUUUUUUUUUUUUCAGUAUUUUUCAAAGCAGUAUUUUUACUGAAGCUCUCAUUUCCUAUAAUAAAAAUUUAAAAAGUAUGCUCUCAUACACUUAGAAGAAUAUACAGGAGAAUUCAGAUGUGCCUAUGUUCUAGCUAGAAUUGAAUCUCUCAUACUGAAGACAGGCAUUCUCAAAAGUCCUCAGUACAGGUUUAUUCCUGAAUCUACUGAAGUAUUCACUUCAAUUGGAGCAGAAUUAGGGUGAAACAUGAGCUUUUUAAAAACACCUGUAUAAGGAUUUUUUUUGACAAAGGAGUUGUCUAGAAAAGUUAGAAAGUAAAAGCUCUUGCAGUAAACAGCCUGUAUAAGGCUAACUAGUUCAGCCUCAAACAGGGGGUUGCGUAUAGCAGAAAAACUGAAGAGGGACAUGUGCAUCUUAUAUAGGAGUUUGGUGCACUUGGUUGGAGUGGUUUGACAUAAAGGAAGUGUCAUCAGGCCCAGUGGCCUGAAGAGUUAACACAGAAUGGCUUGAGAUGAAAAAAUAAAAUGAACUACAGGACAUCUCUGAGUUUUGGCCUUCAGAUAAUGGUUAGAUUUUACUUCCUCAGCCGCUCUGAAUUCUGUCUGCAUACAAUGCUCUGAGAAUUCAGAGAGGGAAUUUCAGACUGGGUGGACUGAACUGAUAACACUGGUACUACACCUCGGAGAAUAAAAUGCAAAAUUCAACGCGUAUGGAGCAUCUACUGUGAGCUGUCAUAUUUCACUAUCCCAAACUGUCCCUUACCUGAGACACAGUUGGCUUAACAAGAGAAUGUUGUAUGUACUGAAAUAAAAAUGUUAAAAGGAUUUUUUUUUAUUGUUCUGUAUAGCUGUGUAAAAUAAUUCUAUAUUUCAUUUUCUGUGGUCACUUAAAAUAGUAACUAUUGUGGUUCACACAGUGUAAACAAACUAAAUUACCAAUAAAAUAUUUGUAAUUUUGAUUCGUUAAGAAAA